UGCUGCACGCAGUUGUCUCAGCAAACACCGUCACAUUUGUAAUUUGGGGUUCAAAAAAUUCCAUAUAAGAUUUGGACGUGUGUUUAGCUGAUAGAAACCGAAAAGUCCUUGCUUUUUGCGGAUUAAUUAGAUAUAAAUAUUCUUUCAGAGACACGAACCGAUAUGUUCACACAUAAGAACUAAUUCCGGUUCACUGGGAAGCUUUGAACUGCUUUCUGGAAAGUGACCAUUGUUGUAAUCAGGUCGAGGCUGUUAUCAUUUCCACUUGCUGACUUUCUUUGUGUUUUUUACGGAUUUGCAGCAGAAAAACAGCGCAAGCUUUUUAGAGUGUCAUGAAAGAAAUGUCAAGCACCAUGCCUAGUGGGCAGCAGCCUCAGAAACACUAUGGCAUCACCUCUGCGAUUAGCCUCGCGCCCCCACGAGAAAUAGACCACCACUACACCAAGAAGCUCUGCGAUGCAAUGAAACCUUUUGGAGUGUUUGAAGAUGAAGAAGAACUCAACCAUAGACUUGCAGUUCUUGGGAAGCUGAAUAACUUUGUUAAAGAAUGGAUUGCAGAGAUCAGUGAGUUAAAGAACCUUCCACCAUCAGCUAUUAGCUGUGUUGGGGGCAAGAUAUUUACAUUUGGUUCAUACCGACUUGGAGUGCACACAAAAGGAGCUGAUAUUGAUGCCUUAUGUGUGGCUCCGCGGCAUGUAGAAAGAACAGACUUUUUCCAGUCUUUCUUUGAGAAAUUGAAACAGCAUGAAGAGAUUAAAGAUCUCAGGGCUGUUGAGGAUGCUUUUGUACCAGUGAUAAAAUUCAAAUUUGAUGGAAUUGAGAUUGACCUGCUUUUUGCCAGAUUGGCCUUACAAUCCAUUCCAGACAACCUGGACCUGAGGGGAGACUCCAUCUUGAGAAACUUGGACAUUCGAUGUAUCCGCAGCCUUAACGGUUGUCGAGUAACUGAUGAAAUUUUGUACCUGGUGCCAAACAAAGAGAACUUCAGACUGACACUGAGAGCCAUCAAACUCUGGGCAAAACGUCGAGGAAUCUACUCCAACAUGCUGGGCUUUCUGGGUGGAGUGUCAUGGGCUAUGUUGGUAGCCAGGACCUGCCAGCUCUACCCCAACGCUGUGGCUGCCACACUUGUCCAUAAGUUCUUCUUGGUUUUCUCUAAAUGGGAGUGGCCGAAUCCGGUGCUUUUGAAACAGCCUGAGGAUAGUAAUUUAAAUUUGCCGGUGUGGGACCCGAGAGUGAACCCAGCUGACAGAUAUCACCUGAUGCCCAUCAUCACACCUGCCUAUCCCCAGCAGAACUCCACAUACAACGUCUCCACGUCUACACGUACCAUCAUGAGCGAGGAGUUCAAAUACGGUCUCAGCGUCACAGAUGAGAUUCUUCAGGGCAAAGCAGAGUGGUCCAAACUGUUUGAGCCGCCCAACUUUUUCCAAAAAUACAAACAUUACAUUGUUCUCACUGCCAGUGCAUCGACAGAAGAAAACCACUUGGAAUGGAUCGGCCUGGUGGAGUCAAAGAUCCGUGUUCUGGUGGGAAACCUGGAGAGGAACGAGUACAUCACCCUGGCUCAUGUAAACCCUCAGUCAUUCCCGGGAUCUAAAGAGAACCGGAACGAGAACGAUUUUGUGUCGAUGUGGUUUAUUGGGAUCAUCUUUAAGAAGGUGGAGAAUGCAGAGAGUGUGAACAUAGACUUGACAUAUGACAUCCAGUCUUUCACAGACACUGUGUACAGACAAGCCAACAACAUCAACAUGCUGAAGGAUGGGAUGAAGAUUGAAGCAACACAUGUGAAGAAGAAGCAGCUCCAUCAGUACCUGCCUCCUGAAGUGGUGCAGAAGAAAAAGAGAAGCAUAGCAGAGUUGAACCGUAGUUCUAAUGGUGGCAGCUCUAAGCGGCUCUCCCUCGACAGCAGUCACCUGGACAGCUCCAGAGACACAGACUCAGGGACUCCCUUUAACUCCCCGCCCAGCAAACCCUCCAAGCCUACAUCUGACACAGACGACAGCGUCAGUCCUCCUAAGCAGCUUUUUGUGGAGGGUUCUCCAGCACCUGUUGCAGCUGCUCCUCUUGCUGCUGCUCCUCCUGCUGCUGUUGCUGCUCCUCUUCCUGCUCCUGUUGCUGCUGCAGCUAAAGACCAGGGCAUGUCCAUCCCUGUUAUUGGUACAAAACCUCCUCUUAAAGCAAAGCCUCCUUCCCCACCAGCCAGCAGCUCCAUCACCAGCAGCACAAAGCCUACCGCCACCAGCAGCCCCAAAGAGGAGCCCAACGGCCUGGAGGACUCAGUCAACGGAGCUCCUUCCAAGAGACCGCACUCGCCCACACAAGAGGACCCGGCCAAGAGGCCAAAAAACACAGACGUGGUGUCAAAUGAUGACGCUGCCUUCAAAGAACCAUAUCCACCCUCGUCUGACCCCCAAACACAUGGAGAAGCAUCCAGCAUUACUUCUCUUGCUGGAUCAAAGGCAAAGCCCAUUCCAACCAUCGAUACCUCAAGAACACAAAGACUUCCCAGCAUGGAGCUGCCUGAUGCCUCCUCGCCUCUCCCUGCCAGUAACAGCUGUCGUGUUGUGAAAAAUUCCAUUAAACUGGCCCUCAACCGCCACAAUAUCACACCUCCCAAGCCGCCCGUGUUUGAGGACGCCCUCACCACAGACGCUCCUGCUGCCAGCGAGGAAAAGGGCAUGUCCAUUCCUGUGAUUGGCUCAAAACAUGUGACAUCCAAACAUGUGGUGCCUCCCAUCGGCAGCUCCAUCCCCACGCUAGUGAGUCGAGUAGUCGACCCUCUGAACGGAGCAGCCUCCAAGAGACCCCACUCCCCAUCGUCGGAGGAACAGGCCAAAAGGCUGAAAGAAACAGAAAAGGCCAGAAUCCAUAUAGCUUGAACUGCCAACAAAGACUGGAUUCACACAGAUAACCGAGGUGAGGGGCUUUAAGUCAAGUCAAACACCAAGGACGUGACUUCACACAGGGACAGGCGGCGGCGUUCAGGUCAGUCAGUCUGAAGCGUGAAGCAGCACAGACACCUCACCUCAGACUUGGAGAUUACAGUCUUGCCAGUGGAUAGGGGAUUCGGCCAUUGCUGUCACACACUCACAGCCAGAGGGGAGUUUAACUCCCCUCCCGCAGUCUCGGAGAUAUGACACGAGAACUAAAGCAGCAGGUUUUUGUUCUUUUCUUUUCUUUUCUUCUUCUUAACUCUGUGUUUAGAAAUCUACACAUUACAAGAGGAAAACAUGCUGUCCUUCUAUUUCAUCGUCUCCUUUUUCCAGUUUAAAAAAAAAAAAAAAGAAAAAAAAAAAGGCCCUGAUCAUUUAUCAGCACUUGCUACACACAUUUCUGGUGUAUGCUGAUUUUCUUUUACUCCUUCAUUUUCUUUUGUCCUCAACAGAAACCUGUACAGUAAAUGUUGAUGUACAUAACUUUUUUUGUCUUAAAAAGGAGCAAAAGAUCACCGUUAAAACUUUUGACCAUUCUAUUGUAGUUUUAUCUAAAAAUGGAAAAAAAAAGUAUAUAAAAAAAAUGUAAUUUUUCUUUGUUUUCUCUACUGCUUGUCCAAAAACAAACUGUCCAGUGCCCUGGAUAUCUUCAGUAGAUACUGCAUAGGUUGCAGGGAGGGUUUAAUGAGGGUGUGCUUGGAUGUGACUGGAUACUAAAACCACAGCUCAUUGGACCAGCAUGGACUCCAGGUGUAGGCGCGCAAAUGAUCUUGGGCAACACAAGAGCUUCUCAGGGGCUGGUAAGGGCAAGAAAAUGUUGUCAUGACAACAGGAACGGUCACCAGAACCAUAUCAAAGUGCCACAGACGCUUAUAGUUCUAUUUGUCUGAGCUUCAGUGUCGCACCCGUUCGUCUCUGAUUGGACAAGAAGGCUGACUUUUUCUGCUCACGUUCGUUCAAUCCCUAGAUGUCAGAAAAGUGUCCCGACACAAAAAAGUGAGCGUUGAACGGUUUAGACACCGCCCCCCCCUCCCCCGAAGUGCUUUCUAUGUCUGUGAUUGGCUGAUUGUCUGACACGUAGUAAUUUCGCUCUAGUCCAUCAGGAGGACUAAACAAAAUGUUUGGAAAUACUGCUUGACCCCCUCCCAAACACACACACACCCCUCCACCUGUUCACUGUGGUCUGGUUUUGCUUGUGAAGUGUGAUCCUUAUAAAAACCAGGUCCCGGUUGUGAGUGCAUUUCAUGUCCUUUUGGGAAGUUUGUGGUGCUUUGUGACAAGAAAAAAAAACCCCAACAAAACAAAAAAAGAUGGUUCGAAGCUUUUUGAAGAGUUGUGAGUGUAUGCAUGCAUAUCUGGUUGACUGUGUGUGAGCGUGCAUGCAUAGAUGGCUGUGUUUAUGUGUUGGAGAGAGACAAAAUUCCCUUCUAUAUGGGUGUUAACCCUCUGCGCCUCCUGUGGAGGUUCUUAAAAGGCAUCUCCUGGGGCCACUAGUGGCAGUGGUGGUGGUGAGGAGAGGGGUCGGGAGAUAACUACUUUCUUGCCUUGCCUUGCCCAACCCUCCAUCUUGAAGCUGGGUGUCUUUGCAUUUGAUUUCAGUACAGAGGAUAUAUAAAUAUAAACAUAGUAAAGUGUAAAGCGAUGCUAAUGGGGCGCCCUCUUCAUUGGAGCAGGUUGACAGUUGGGACAUAGGCUUUCUAGCAUCAGUUUCCCCAACUAAAUGUACAGAGAACAGUUUUUUUUCAAAAGGCAUAUUCUUCAUUAUUUGGGGGUUUUCUUAUCACUUUAUUUAUAUUUGCAUAUUUGUACCAUGUGAUUUUUUUUUUUUUUCUUUUUGAUUUUUUCUUAUUUUUUAAAUAGCAUUCAUAGCAGGUAGGUCUUUUGAAUCUGCACCACUCUGUUUCAGACAACUCAUGUUUUACUGUUCAGAAACAUUUAACAAAACAGGUCGUUUAGAUGUUUGUUUCUAAAAAUGUAUUGAAAGGGUAUUUUUGUAUGUGUUUAUCACUUCCUUUAAACAACUGUACACCCAUUAAACCCCUAAAAACAA